AUGGCGUAUUAUUCGUUCAGCGCGAAUUUCGAAGGGGCUGAACCACUGAUAGCGGAGAACAGAGAUGGCUUGACACGAAGCCGACAUGCUUCGAGUCACGCCACCGGCCCCUGUCUGCAGAAUGCUCGGAAGAGUGGAGCUAGUCUCCGUUGCUAUCUCCGGGCUGGAUCUGAGAUUCACUGGGGGAUCUCAGCAAAAGUUUCGGAGCUCUUUCGGCAGCGACAAUAA